CCCCGCAGGCUUGCGCGCGCACUCGCUGCGGGACAAGCUUCUGGAAGCUGUUUGCGGUGGCGUUGGUGCUGUUUGCGGAUGCUGAUGCAGUUUCUGCAGGACUGUAAACUGGAUUCCUGGAACCUUUGAUAUUCCUGGCUGUGUAUAGUGCCUGUUGGUGGACUGUACUGAUACUCAACUAGAGUGUGAAGGGACUGGAUUCCUGCCCCUGAGACACAAUGCAAGCUGUAGUGCCCUUGAACAAGAUGACAGCCAUCUCACCAGAACCUCAAACUCUGGCCUCGACUGAACAAAAUGAGGUCCCAAGAGUGGUUACUUCUGGGGAACAAGAAGCUAUUUUAAGAGGAAAUGCUGCUGAUGCAGAGUCUUUCAGACAGAGGUUUAGGUGGUUUUGUUACUCAGAAGUAGCUGGACCCAGGAAAGCUCUGAGUCAACUCUGGGAGCUCUGCAAUCAGUGGCUGAGACCAGACAUUCACACGAAAGAACAGAUUUUAGAGCUUCUGGUGUUUGAGCAGUUCCUGACCAUUUUGCCUGGGGAGAUCAGGAUUUGGGUAAAGUCACAACAUCCUGAGAGUAGUGAGGAAGUGGUGACCCUAAUAGAAGAUUUGACCCAGAUGCUUGAAGAAAAAGAAGAUCCAGUCUCUCAAGAUUCUACUGUUUCCCAAGAGGAGAACUCAAAAGAGGAUAAAAUGGUCACUGUUUGUCCCAAUACUGAGUCCUGUGAAUCUAUAACAUUGAAGGAUGUAGCUGUGACCUUUUCAAGAGGAGAGUGGAAGAAGCUGGAGCCUUUUCAAAAGGAGCUAUAUAAGGAAGUGCUACUGGAAAACCUCAGGAACCUAGAAUUUCUGGACUUUCCAGUUUCAAAAUUAGAGUUGAUUUCCCAGCUAAAGUGGGUUGAAUUGCCAUGGCUGCUGGAAGAAGUCUCAAAAGGCUCCCGACUAGAUGAAUCAGCUUUAGAUAAAAUAAUAGAAAGGUGCCUCAGGGAUGAUGAUCAUGGCUUGAUGGAAGAAUCCCAGCAAUAUUGUGGCAGCUCAGAGGAGGAUCACGGUAAUCAGGGAAAUUCAAAAGGAAGAGUCGCACAAAACAAAACUCUUGGGAGUGGCAGUAGGGGUAAGAAAUUUGACCCAGAUAAAAGCCCCUUUGGACAUAAUUUCAAAGAAACUUCAGACUUAAUUAAACAUCUGAGAGUCUACUUGAGGAAGAAAUCUCGGAGGUAUAAUGAAAGCAAGAAACCCUUCAGUUUUCAUUCAGACCUUGUUCUGAACCGCAAGGAGAAAACCGCCGGAGAAAAGUCACGGAAAUCUAAUGAUGGUGGGAAAGUCCUGAGUCACUCUUCAGCUCUUACUGAACAUCAGAAACGUCAGAAGAUUCAUUUGGGGGAUAGGUCCCAAAAAUGCAGUAAGUGUGGGAUAAUCUUUAUUAGAAGAUCAACUCUUUCUAGGAGAAAAACCCCUAUGUGUGAGAAAUGUCGGAAAGAUUCAUGUCAAGAAGCAGCCUUAAAUAAAGAUGAGGGAAAUGAGAGUGGAGAAAAAACUCAUAAAUGUAGUAAGUGUGGAAAAGCCUUUGGCUAUAGCGCCUCACUCACCAAACAUCGGAGAAUUCACACUGGAGAAAAACCCUAUAUGUGUAAUGAAUGUGGAAAAGCUUUUAGUGAUAGUUCAUCGCUCACGCCACAUCAUAGAACUCAUAGUGGAGAGAAACCCUUCAAAUGUGAUGACUGUGGGAAAGGUUUCACCCUAAGUGCUCACCUCAUUAAACAUCAGAGAAUUCAUACUGGAGAAAAACCUUAUAAAUGUAAAGACUGUGGGAGACCCUUUAGUGACAGUUCAUCUCUUAUUCAACAUCAGCGAAUUCAUACUGGAGAAAAACCCUAUACAUGUAGCAAUUGUGGAAAAUCCUUCAGUCAUAGCUCAUCCCUUUCCAAACAUCAGAGAAUUCAUACUGGAGAGAAACCCUAUAAAUGUGGCGAAUGUGGAAAAGCCUUUAGGCAGAAUUCAUGCCUUACCCGGCAUCAGAGAAUUCACACUGGAGAAAAACCAUAUUUGUGUAAUGAUUGCGGAAUGACUUUUAGCCAUUUUACGUCUGUGAUUUAUCAUCAAAGACUUCAUUCAGGAGAAAAACCCUACAAAUGUAACCAGUGUGAGAAAGCUUUCCCAACCCAUUCACUGCUAAGUCGUCAUCAGAGAAUUCAUACUGGUGUAAAACCUUAUAAAUGUAAAGAAUGUGGGAAGUCCUUCAGUCAGAGUUCAUCUCUUAAUGAGCACCACCGAAUUCAUACAGGAGAGAAACCCUAUGAGUGUAACUAUUGUGGUGCAACCUUUAGUCGAAGCUCAAUCCUUGUAGAACACCUAAAAAUUCAUACCGGAAGGAGAGAAUAUGAAUGUAACGAAUGUGAGAAGACAUUUAAAAGUAAUUCAGGCCUCAUUAGACAUCGGGGAUUUCACUCUGCAGAGUAAUCCUGGAACUACAUUAAAGUGGGGGGAAUUUAAUUCAAAUUGUCAGUUACUGAAACCCUGGGAUGUAAACUUACAGUAUUGAUCAGUAGCUGCAGCUUUCGUAAAUUGGCAGUUAGGAAAAAUAUUCUUUUGCCCAUUCAUCCCUCUUCUUUUCAAGGAUGGCAAUGACUGGUAAACAGUAAUUAGUUGGUAAAGUCACUGGAAAGGGAAGAAUGCAAAAUGAUUCUGAGGCCAGACGAAUUGGAAAAGCUCUUUUCUUCAGGGGAUUUCUCUCUGAUUUCUUCCACUGCCAUGUAGUGUGAUGGAGAGAACUUGACUGCAGUCAGAUAACUUGGAUUCUGUCCCAGUUUGCCAACCAACUUGCUGUAUACACCUUGGACAAGUCAUUUGACCUUUCAGAAUUUUAUUUUCGUCACCAGCAGAAUGAAGGGAUGGGAUUAAUGAUUUUUGCCUUUUUUGGUUUUUUAGUUUUUUAUUGGUAUCCUGAUAAUCUCUGAAGCUGUGGACAUAAGUUAUUUUUUUUUUAUUUGUCAUUACUUUCAAGUUUCUCUAGUAAAAAAUACCACUAUUCAGGAUGCUGGACUUCUUUUCUUUUUUUUUUCUUUUUUUUUUUUUUCAAUUUUUCUUUUUUGGGAUGGAGUCUCACUAUGUUGCCCAGACUGGUCUUGAACUCCUGGGCUCAAGUGAUCCUUCCAUCUCAGUUUCCUGAGUAGCUGACAUUAUGGGUACACUCCACUAAGCCUGGUUCCUAGGAUGCUGGACUUCUAGCUUAGUGAGAAUGCAGUAUACUUUUUGAAAACUUCGUGCAGGAAUCCCUCAAAUGCUGUAACUAGGAAUGGGUCAGUGAAGUUCAAACGACUUUUCCUUGAGGGAGUAUUUUAAUUGGACAAGGGAACUCUUUUUCUUUUGGGCAUUGGCCAACAGGACUGAGAAGCCAGAGAGCUUGCACCUGAGCCAUCUCAGCCAUGAGAGUAACAGUCCUAGGAAAAUAGAUGGGGGCUGGGGGUAAGGAAAUGUGCUGAAGACAGAGCUAUUCUGGAUGGAUUUUGGUUUGCAAAAAUUCUACUUUAAAACAAUUUUGCCUGUAGCAAGUACAUUUUUUUGCAAUUGGAGUGUAAACAUUCUGUAUGGCAACAGUUAAAAGCUGUUAUAACAAUUUGCUUGGGUGUGUGUGCGUGUGUGUGCGUGUGUGUGUGUGUGUGUGUGUGUGUAUGUAUGUGUGUAUGUGUAUACAUUGUUACCACUAUCUAAAAUUAGGGCAUUUCAUACUAAAAGCUUGUCUUAAAAAAAUUAUAAGGGCUAACAACACUGGGCUUUUAUUUAUGUAAAGCACUCAGCUGGUCCUGGGUAGCAGCUGCCACCUUUUGAUGGGGAAUCAACUUUCUGACUUAGCUAGUUCUCUCAUGUAUGUAACCUGACUUUCCCACUGUAUGAAUGUUCUAUUAUAACCCCUACCAUUUGGAGAAUAGAUACCCUAAAAUCUAAAGAGACCGCACUGAUAGCAAGUAAAGUUCAGGGAAUGAAUGUAGAAUUGAUACAG